GUGGAAGGUUUAUCAACAUAUAUUAUUAAAUAUUUCUAAAUGACUUCAAAGUUUCAAUAUUUGAUGAUUUUACAAUAUUACUGAUAUUAAAAAUGGAUUCCUCUCCUAUAAAAAUCUGUGUUGUUUGUGGAGAUAAAGCCUUAGGCUAUAAUUUCAACGCAAUCACUUGUGAAAGCUGCAAAGCAUUUUUCAGACGUAAUGCACUUUCUCCUAAAAGAUUUAAAUGCCUAUUCGAAGGGCAUUGUGAGGUGAACGUAGUAACCAGAAGAUUUUGUCCUUGCUGUCGACUGCAAAAAUGUUUCAAGGCAGGAAUGAAAACUGAAUACAUAAUGUCAGAGGAAGACAAAGUAUUAAAGAAGAAAAAAAUUGCUCAAAAUAAAGCAAAAGAACGGAAGACUUCUCAUCCUGUUGAUAAUAUUGAUGUUAAAAAGGAGCAGGUUGAUAAUAUUGAUGUUAAAAAGGAGCAUGUUGAUACACAGGUACCACAUGUUGAUACUACAGAUAUAGAAGCUUGCGGAGUCGAUACAAUUCGGGGUAUGUUGGUUCCAGGAGAUAGAAUAGUCAGUUGUAAUGAUGGGGUCGCACAAAUUAAUAAGAAGACGAGCACUGAUGAUGUAGCAAAAGAUACAGUACAGCAAGUAGAAAAGGUGCCUGUUGAACCAAAUUCUAUAGAAUCAAUAUUGUGUGAAGCAAUCAAGUUAGAAUUUGGAGCGUUCAGUUCUCUUGCCCAAUUCAAUAGUUCCAAUCGAGAACUAAAUGAUGCUGAGCGAGCAAAAUUAAAUGAAUUAAUAGUAGCAAAUAAAGCUCUCUGUGCACCACUUGAUGAAGAUUUAACUAAUCUUACAAAUCAUGGACAACAAGAACCAAUGUUACUAGGUGUUAUAAAUUUAACAGCAGUAGCAAUUAGGAGACUAAUAAAAAUGGCCAAAAAAAUUAGUGCAUUUAAAAAUAUGUGCCAAGAGGAUCAAGUUGCUCUUUUAAAAGGUGGCUGCACAGAAAUGAUGAUUCUUAGAAGUGCCAUGACUUAUGAUUGUGAUCGAGAUACUUGGAAAAUACCACAUAUUCAGGAAGCCAUGUCUAAUAUUAAAGCAGAUGUUCUAAAAUUAGCAAAAGGAAAUGUAUAUCAAGAACAUGAAAAAUUCAUAAGAACAUUUGAUCAACGAUGGAGAAUGGAUGAAAAUAUAAUUCUUAUCAUGUGUGCCAUUACAUUAUUUACCCCAGACAGACCAAUGACUGUUCAUUCUGAUGUAAUCAAAUUGGAACAGAAUUCUUACUAUUACCUAUUGAGGAGAUACUUGGAAAGUGUCUAUUCUGGUUGUGAAGCAAAAUCCACAUUCCUCAAAUUAAUACAGAAAAUUUCUGAACUACAUCGUUUAAAUAAUGAAGUUAUUAGUGUUUAUUUAGAUGUUAAUCCAUCACAAGUAGAACCUCUACUCAUAGAAAUAUUUGAUAUAAAGUCACGUUGA